GGGCGCACGUGACGGUCCAAGUCUCCCUUGAACGGGGGCCAUGGCCCGCAGAUGGUGCCAGGCCAGUAGAGGCCGUCACAGCGUUCCGGGAUCGGACCGCGCCUUCGAGUCGGGUUGCUUGAGAGUGCAGCCCGAAGCGGGUGGUAAACUCCAUCUAAGGCUAAAUACGGCCACGAGACCGAUAGUUUACAAGUACCGUGAGGGAAAGUUGAAAAGAACUUUGAAGAGAGAGUUCAUAAGAACGUGAAACCGCUCGGUUGUAAACGGACAGAGCUCGCGAAUCCCCGCCGGGCGAAUUCACGGUCGGUCUAACCGCCGGCCGGAUCUUUCGCUCGGUUAGCGGACGUCGCGACCCGUUGGGCGCCGGCCGAAUGGCCCGGGUGACGUUCGUCGCGUCGGUCGCGUUUCGGCGUGACCGUUCGCGCCGAGCCCCGGUGCUCAUGGUCGGCUCGCCCGACGGCAAGAACCGUCGACGCGGCCCCGUCGCAAGCGGGGUCCCGUCGGUCGGCGACGUGUUUCGAGCUACUUUCCGAAGAUCGGUAGAGCGGAACGCGCGGUUCCGGCCGCGGGCGCGUCCGGCCGGCGGUCGUCGUCCCGUCGCGUCGUCGGUUUGCCGUCGGUUCGCCGGCGCGCUACUGGCGCGCGGCGUGGUCGCCGUGCCGUCGGCCUGUGCCCGUUCGUGCCGGGCCGCGGUUGAUAUUCCGGUAGCGUUAAGCACCAGCCGAGGGAUCCGGGCGUCAAACCGCGGACCGCGUCCGUCCGCGUACGGCCGACCGUCAAAAGUCGCCGUCCGCGUUCGCGGCGUAUCCGCGGGCCCGGUCCCUGGUGCGAUCCGUAUUCCGAGGACACCGCCAGGUGGGGAGUUUGACUGGGGCGGUACAUCUGUCAAAAAAUAACGCAGGUGUCCUAAGGCCAGCUCAGCGAGGACGGAAACCUCGCGUAGAGCAAAAGGGCAAAUGCUGGCUUGAUCCCGGA